AUGGAAUUGUUGUUUUCCAUGAAUCCUGAUGUACGUGAACUGGCCGAGAGUCUUGAUUGGUGGAUAAUACCUGUAUUGAAUGUUGAUGGUUUUGUUUAUUCGCAUGAGAAGGAGCGGUUGUGGCGUAAAACAAGAAGACCCGCUUCUGAUGCCGAAUGCGUCGGUGUCGAUUUAAAUCGUAAUUUCAAUUUUAAAUGGGGACUUUUAAAGUGUGUAGAUCCUUGCUCAAGUAUAUAUAGCGGUCCUUAUCCUCAAUCUGAACCAGAAGUUGAUCAACUAACCAAGUUUAUAAAUAACAAUAUUCCCGAAGAUUCUAUUAAAAUUUAUGUUGCAUUACAUUCUCCCGCGCAAUCUGUACUUACACCAUUCACCCACACGAGAGUGCCCCCUAAAAGCUAUGGGGAACUGAUGUAUGUAGCAAAUGCUUUUGCUGACGCUCUCUAUCCGCGGUAUCAUACUAGAUACAACUGUGGAAACAGUGGCAAUAUGUUGAAAAUGUUUUCUGGAGGCAGCAAAGAUUGGGCCUAUUCAGUGAAACAUGUACCGAUAGCAUACACGAUUGAAUUACCUGGUAAAGGCAGACCGUCACCACCCUUUGAGUUACCAGAGAACGCAAUUUUACGUACAAGCGCGGAAAUGUUAGAUGGAUUCAAAGGAAUGAUAAAAGCUGUUAAGGAACUCGGUUACAUAUAG